AUGGCUGCUACUGUGAAAUUUCUGAAGGACCUGCAGAGUGAGAUCACAUGUAGCAUCUGCAGGGGCUACUUUUGUGAGCCUGUCACCACUGGGUGCGGGCACAGUUUUUGUCAAGCUUGUCUCUCCUCCAGCUGGAGACUUUCAGCCCCAGAUUUCUCCUGCCCUGAAUGCAGGCAAGUUUCCCAGGAUGGGGAGAUCCCAUUAGUGAACAUGCGCCUAGCAGAGUUGACUGAGUUUGGCAAAGAGCUCAGCUCCAAGAUUUUGCAGAGCACUGAAGGACAGAGUCAGUGUGUCACUCACAAGAAACUCUUCAAGCUAUUCUGUGAUGAGGACCAGACAGCACUGUGUGUGACAUGUUGUGAAACCCCAGAGCAUGGGGCUCACACCAUCUUCCCUGUACAAGAGGCUGCUCAUAAAUACAGGAAGGAGCUCGAGCACAUUCGGAGUGAUUUGGGGAAAUAUCUGGAGGAAGAUGAGCAACUUCUUGCUCAAGUGAAGAGACCUGCUGUUGACUGGUACUGGCUGAUCAGGGGAGAAUUCCACAAACUGCACCUCUUGCUGAUGGAAGAAGAGAACAGAUGUCUUGAAAGGAUAAGGCAAGAGGAGAAGGCCAGCCAGGACAGACUAUUACAGCACAUGCAAAGCUUACAGAACCUCAUGCAAGAACUGCAGGAAGUGGGCCAGCAAGCCAAUCUGGAUCUGCUGCAGGAUGCCAGGCAGCUGCUGGAGAGGAGCGAGGCUGUGUUGGCCCAAAGGCUCAAGGUUGUCACCCCAGAACUGACAGAAUAUCCCAUCCCUGGCCUGAUCGAGAUGCUCAACAGAUUCAGAGUGGACCUCACUUUGGAUCCUCAAUCAGCUGACUCCUGUGUUUCGGUUUCUGGGGAUCUCAAGAGUGUCAAGGCUGAAGAGGACUGGCUAGAGGAGACUGAGGACUCUUCUUGCCAUGGUGUGCUUGCUGUGCAAGCCUUCAGAUCAGGCAGUCAAUACUGGGAGGUGGAUGUGACUCAACUACCUCAGUGGAUACUGGGGAUCUACACCCCCUACUUGAGGAGGAAAAGGACCAGGAACAUGGACUCCUAUAACUUUGCUUUCUUGCUUCACUGUGUCAAGGAGGAAGGAGAUUACUACUUACAGACCUAUCCUGGGCCAUUGGACUAUCGAAUGAAAGGCCCUCUACCUCGGGUGGGGGUGUACUUGGAUUAUUCCUCAGGCACUCUGGCCUUUUACAAUGUUCUCCAGAGUUCUCUUAUUUAUAAAUUCCAUUCUAUUCCCUUCACAGCCCCUGUCACACCCAUCUUCUCCCCUGGCCCCCCACUUCCAGGAACAAAGCUUGGCUCCAUGACUCUCUGUCCAGUGGACUCUCACCUUUGUGCGUGCUGCUGUUCCUCUCAAUGA